AUGGCGCGACUCGACUCUUUUACGGCCUCGUUGCCGCUCAAGUCUUUCUCCUCCUUCAAGACACUCGCUGCUGCUGCAUACAUCCUCACAUCGCUCCCCAUGGCUCUCGGUCACGAACACGGCGUCAGCCACAUCCAAGAGGGCGAGACCGUCUCGCAGGAACCCAUCGACACAAUACUAUGGAUUCACAUCUUCAUCAUGAUGCUUGCCUUCGGGGUCAUCUUCCCCGUCGGUAUGGUCUUGGGAAUGACCAAGAACCGCUGGCAUGUUCCGACUCAAGUCCUCGGUUCCGCUCUCGCCAUUGUUGGAUACUUCCUCGGCCACAUGCACGGCGGAAGACAAUUUGUCGCCCAUAACGUCCAUGCCUCCUUCGCCAACUGGCUCAUGAUCAUCAUGGCCUCCCAGGUCGGUUUGGGCAUCUACCUCAGGCUGCAUCUCGAGAAGGGCAUCAACGGUCGCAUUCGCCGUUUCAUCAAGCCUGCACACAGCAUCUUGGGCAAGGCCUCACCAGUACUGGCUUGGACACAAUUCUUGUUUGGUGGCAUUACCUCUCUGGGCUUCUGCCAGGGCGACCACCUUGGCCAGUGUUUGGCGCAUUUCAUCAUGGGUAGCGCUUUCAUCGCUUACGGAAUCAUUCUGACCCUGCUUCUCCUUGUUGGACAGCUGUGGGUGCGACGCAGUGGCCGAUCCCAGGAAUUCUUUGACAGCAUCGUAAUCGCGGCAUGGGGCUGUGUGAACACCUUCACCGAGCAUCGAUGGGGCACGGAAUGGGUCAGGAACGACUGGCAACACACAACCAUGGGUAUUAUUUGGUGGUGUGCUGGUCUUGUUGGUGUCUGGCUCAGCCGGGAUCGCGACGGAAACCCCAAGCGCAACUUCAUUCCUGGCUUCGUCAUUGGUGUCACUGGAUGGGCCAUGUCUGCGCAUCCUCAGGACCUCCCCAUCAGCGCCAUGACCCACAGCAUGUUUGGCAAGACCUUGAUGGGUGUUGGCAUCACCCGUGUCAUUGAGGUUGCCUUCGUUGUCAAGGACGGCGUUGGUGUCUCUGCUGAUGGCCGCCAAACCAACAGCUGGCAGUUCAUUCCUGUCUUCCUUUUGUAUGCCUCUGGCUUUCUUUUCAUGGGUGCCACUGAGGAGCAGAUGGAGCUAGUUGCCAACUCGGGUCUCGACCACGUGUCGUACAUCCUUAUCCUCUACUCCUUCGCAUUCCUGCUCUUCCUCUUCACCAUGAUGCUCAUCCAUCUCUUCGAUCGUAACACCAACACCGAAGGCAAGGUCAACCUGGCGAACGGCGUGCCCCUGGCUAAUGGUCGCCCCGGCGAAUCCCGCCAAGUCCGUGAUGCCGAAGAAUUCGAGCUCGAGGGCCUUAUGAGCGACGACGACGAUGUCGAGGCCCGCAAAGGCCUGAAGGACGAAGUGGAUGACGAGGGAAGCCCUAGCAGUCCUAGUACCAUUGGCAAGAACAGUGACAGAGUGGCGCGGUGA